UAACCGGUUGCAGAGCCGGAAGUGAUGUAACUCUGGGGUUCUGGAGCGCUGCGGCGUUGAAAGGAAAGCGACCUGGUGCCACUAGAGCUGGCUAGCUGAUCCAUCAGGCUUCAGCCCGCGCUAGAAGAACCCUUCCCCCAGAAUUCUGGUGGUCUAUGGAAGGGGGCUGAGUCGGCUCGCGAAGCUUCCAGCUCAGGCCUAAAUACCCCAGCCACUGAGGGCCGCCUGGGAGGGGUCGGGAAAGCUCGCUUCGUUGGGGAAAACCUGGAGGGACCGCCCCUGGGGCGGGGCCCGCUGGCUAUGGCCACGCCCCCGGGAGCCGGUCCCGCGGCUCUGCGCUUCGCUGCCGCAGCCAGCUGGCAAGUCGUGUGCCGACGUCGCGUGGAGUUUUUCCCUCAAGUACUGGGGUUUUUGCGAUGUCUGCGCACUGCUGCUCCUGGUCUGGUUCGCUACCGGCACCAUGAACGCCUGUCUAUGGGCCUAAAGGCCAAGUUGGUGGUGGAGCUGAUCCUGCAGGGCCAGCCUUGGGCCCAGGUCCUGGAUGUCCUGAAUCACCACUUCCCAGAGUCUGAAUCUCUACCACGGGAUCCCAAAGCUACAAAGCAGGAUCUGAUGAAGAUUUUGGAGGCACGGGAAACCUUUUGCCAGCAGGUGAAGCAGCUGGCAGAGGCCCCUGUUGACCUGGCCUUGAAGUUGCAGGAACUUGAACAGGAGUAUGGGGAACCCUUUCUGGCUGCCAUGGAAAAGCUGUUUUUUGAAUACUUGUGUCAGCUGGAAAAAACACUGCCUACACUGCAGGCACAGCAGCUUCAAGACGUGCUGAGUUGGAUGCAGCCUGGAGUUUCUAUCACAUCUUCUUUUGCCUUGAGCCAAUAUGGUGUGGACAUGGGCUGGCCACUUCCAGAGGGCUCUGUUACUGAUUCAGUGAUCAUGACAGAGCCCACAGAGCAGAAUCCUCCUCAGCAACCAAGACCAGUACUCCACAAUCCUCUGCCAAAAGCCAAGCCUGACCCAUACUUUCCUCAGCAGCCAACCUCAAGGGAGCACCCAGAACCCUUGGCAGGCCACCACUUCAAUCUGGCUCCUCUAGGCCGGCGAAGAAUCCAGUCUCAGUGGAAGUCUGCUCAGGGAGGCCAUAAAGAGCGCCCUACAGCCAUGCUGUUCCCCUUUAGGAAUCUGGGCUCACCUGCCCAGGUCAUAUCUAAGCCUGAGAACAGGGGGAAACAUAGGACACACCCAGCAGAUUCAGCAAGUGCUGUGGGCACAAGGGCAGCCUACACUGGAAAGCCCAAGAAUCUAUCCCAGACCCUGGGGGGAAGGGCUCUGAAGGAGAACCCAGCUGACGUAUCUGCUUCACAGCAAAAGGAGAAUUGCUUGGAUUGCCCCCUGGACCCCCUGAGACUGUCAUUAUCUCCUCCUAGAGCCAAGAAUCCAGUGUGUCCUCCAUCUCUGUGCAGUCCUGUCAUUACCAUAGGGGACUUGGUUUUGGAUUCUGAUGAGGAAGAGAAUGGCCAGAGGGAUGGGAAGAUUCAAAGGUCUCAUUUAAUGGAGCUGAUUAACAAAACAUGAUUCUUCCAGAUCAAGGCCAUAUGAGACAUUUAGAGCCUCUGUAACCAGCAGAAAACCCCGAUGUCUGACACCCCCCACCCUGCCCAUGGGCCUUACUGAAAUGAUGUGGCCUUUGAGACCAUGAGCAGCAUCUGCACACUCCAUUACUGCACUGAGCUGUGGAUACCCCACUCCAGUUUUCUUCCGAGUGGUACACACAGAGCCUGGGAAGAACGUGACAAGGAUGAGACUGAAGUGCUCCACAGGUACUUGCCACUGAAAGGGCAGCCAGUAGACCCCAAUGAGCUAGCUUACCUGGCCCAAUUCCCACUUUGAUGAUGUCAGCCCCGGAGAGGAUCAGUUCUUCCACCAUCUCACCUGUUACCACGUUCCCUGCCUGAAACAGAGCAAUUAAAGCAGUGUCCCUAGUCAGAAUUGGAGAAGAGGUUCGUGUGUUGUCACAUAUCAUAUGCCUGGCCUAUGACCUUCCAACAUUGCAAAUAAAGGGUAUCUGGGUCCCCUCCACGAGGCCCUCUGAGGGCUUCUAGACUACCCUGCUUCCCUCCUCUACUACCAUCAAGUUGCAGGGGCGGCGGGGGGGGGGAGACAGUGAGUGACUAGGGUAAGCCCAGGUCCAGGCUGCACUUUACUGUCCUUAGGCAACGAGGGGCUAUGAUCAACAGGGAGACAUAGGGUGGCAUGGAGGAGCGUUCGGUGAGGUGAAGGAACAACUAGACCAAGCUCCGAGAACUGAUUAAGAGUAGCUUUCUCUACCUCUCCCCAUCAAGAGACCCAGACAUACUUUUCCUUAAGCCAUUCUGUCAUAGAUCCUCUCUGGCUUCAAGGAAGGGGGAAGGCAUGGUAACAUAAACUGAAUACCCAUCUGCCCAGCUGUAUGUACUUUUUGAUGGACAGUUCAAGGAGAGCCCCCUUAAUGCUAUGAAGAAAGUGAGGCCUUUUCAUCACUUCCCUAAGCUUGUAAAAAAAAUAAAAUAUUUCAUGAGACCCCUUCUA